AUGACAACACUUGUUGCUUUUAAUUUAGAGUGUAGCAACUAUGUGACUCUCAACACUAUCGACCGCUCGCAAAACUUACAUCACAACGGUAACUACUUGUGUGACAGUGGCCUUAGCGGAUGGUACCGCAUCUCCGGUGACGCCGGGUACCGCAUGCCGACAUCGUGUGUGUCGUAUGAUUACUGUGGAACAGCCGCCACCGGAUGGAUGAACGGCGCGCACCCUUCAGUCGCUGAUGGAGUUGUCACCAGGACAGUUUGUUAUCACUGGACAAGUGGCUGCUGUCAGUAUAGCAACAACAUCCGCGUGAGGAGCUGCGGCGAGUUCUACGUGUACGAGUUAAGUGCACCGUCCCCAGGCUGCAAUCUUCGCUACUGCGGCAAUGGAGCAGGUAACUACUUCUGCAUCUCGGCCAAAGAAUUUGAUAAAUUGUAA